AUGACCUUUUUAAAAAUAUCUUUUAAGGCACAUUAUAACAUGAGUAAAAAAACCGACUCAGACUCCUCAUUCGAUUGGCCUCACGCACUGGAUUAUAACGGGACAUACAAGUACCUCUACUUAGAAGGCAACGUCUCCUAUGUGGACUUCUACCUUCAUCAGCCUUCAGUGGCAGCUAUCUUCAUCAUCUCUUACCUCCUAAUCUUCCUGCUCUGCAUGGUUGGCAACGGAGUGGUUUGCUUUAUCAUCCUGAGGAGCAAACGUAUGCGUACAGUCACAAACCUUUUCAUCUUAAACCUGGCUAUCAGUGAUUUACUGGUGGGAAUCUUCUGCAUGCCAACCACCCUCCUGGACAACAUCAUUGCAGGAUGGCCGUUUGGCAGCCUGGUUUGCAAGAUGAGCGGGAUGGUCCAAGGAAUCUCUGUUUCUGCCUCUGUCUUCACUCUAGUUGCUAUUGCCGUAGACAGGUUUCGAUGCAUCGUUUAUCCGUUUAAGCAGAAGCUGACCAUUCCAAGUGCAGUCGCCACUAUUGCGGUCAUCUGGAUUCUGGCCGUCGCAAUCAUGUGUCCUUCUGCAGUCAUGCUGCGGGUACAAGAAGAGAAGCAUUUCAGGGUGAUCCUUGGCUACGGCAAUGAAACCCGCCCUGUCUACUGGUGCCGGGAGGACUGGCCUAACCCGGGAAUGAGAAAGAUCUAUACGACGGUUCUGUUUGCCAACAUCUAUCUGGCUCCCCUGUCGCUCAUUAUCAUCAUGUACGCUAGGAUAAGCAUCGUUCUCUUCAACACAGCAAUGCCCGUGGUGGGAAAACACAGCUGGGACCAGGGGCACAGCGUGUCUAAGAAGAAACAAAAAGUCAUCAAAGUGCUCAUUAUCGUGGCUUUGCUUUUCACCCUCUCCUGGCUUCCCUUAUGGACUCUGAUGAUGCUCUCAGACUAUGCCAGCCUUUCAGAUACCCAGUUGCAGAUCAUCAACAUUUAUAUCUAUCCCUUUGCUCACUGGCUGGCCUUUUUCAACAGCAGCAUCAACCCCAUCAUCUACGGCUUCUUUAACGAAAACUUUCGCCGAGGCUUUCAGGCAGCCUUUAAAUUUCAGCUGUGCUCCAGGGAGAUCGUUCACAGGGAGGUCUAUUCUCAGCGAGGCCAAAGCAAUGCCAUUUUGCCAGCCGCCAACUACCAGACACGUCAGGAUCAAGCUUGUCAAAAUGCUAAGGAGGAGGGGAAGACAGUUACAAAAGGAAAUUGGGUGAACAACCAAGAGGAUUUGAUAAUGGAGGAUCUAGAAGAGCCCUGCAACGAUGGGAUUAAGUGA